CAACAAGGUAUUGCUCGGCCAAGUGUCUACCAUGCGGUGGUGGUCAUAUUUCUUGAAUUUUUUGCCUGGGGACUCUUGACAACUCCGAUGCUAACGGUCUUACAUGAAACAUUUUCCCAUCAUACAUUUUUAAUGAAUGGUCUUAUUCAAGGUGUUAAGGGUUUUUUGUCCUUUUUCAGUGCUCCAUUAAUAGGUGCUCUAUCAGAUGCAUGGGGAAGAAAAUCUUUUCUUCUUCUUACAGUUUUCUUCACCUGUGCCCCAAUUCCAUUAAUGAGAAUAAGUCCAUGGUGGUAUUUCGCUAUGAUUUCGGUGUCUGGAAUCUUUUCUGUUACCUUUUCUGUAAUAUUUGCCUAUGUAGCAGAUGUAACACAAGAACAUGAAAGAAUUACAGCCUAUGGACGG